AAUAAAUCAAUAAGCUGUUGAAUGUGUGAGAGAGUGGGGGUGUGAAGAGGAGGAGUCAGUUUGUUCCUGUGAUGAAGGUCCGGACAGAAGUUUAUCAAAUCAGUGCUGAGAUUUUACAUUUCUGUUAUUAAACUGGAAAUUUGUGUCAUCUAGAGGGGUUUUUUUUUUCUCAAAGCUAAUUAUUGCUAAUCGUCAACCAUCGAAACCCAACAGCUGGAUCUUUUCAACAAGUUUGACCUUUGCAUCUGAAUGAUGAGUAACAUUGAGAUACCCGCUGGUUUGAAGGAGCUGCUACAAGCAUACACGGUGGAGGUGCUUCGCCGCAGGCCGCCAGAUUUGGUUGAAUUUGCGGUUCAGCAUUUUACUCGUAUUCUGGAGAGCCAAAGGAAGGACCAAGCAGCCAAGAAACACAGUGGCAAACGUGCACGGAAAGGAGUCACUUUUGAUACUAAAUCAGAUAAUCCUACCAAGGAUGAUGAAGAGGAGGAGGAGGAGGAGGAGGAGAUUGUUAAGUGCACCACUGGUAAAUUCAAUCGCAGAGUUUCAGUUUGUGCAGAGGCCUACAACCCUGAUGAUGAUGAGGAUGAUGACACAGAGCCUCGGAUUGUGUAUCCCAAAACAGACGUGCAGCGUCGCAGGCUUCAGGAUGCAUGCAGAGACAUUUUACUGUUUAAAACACUUGAACAGGAGCAGUUCUCUGAAGUUUUGGACGCCAUGUUCGAGGUGCUGGUCAAACCUCAGGAGCACAUCAUAGACCAAGGAGAAGAUGGAGACAAUUUCUACGUCAUUGAGAAUGGUGUGUAUGAUAUUGUAGUGCAGAAGGACGGAGUGAGUGUGUGUGUUGGAAAGUAUGACAACAAGGGCAGUUUUGGUGAACUGGCUCUUAUGUACAACACGCCACGAGCUGCCACAAUCAUUGCGACGCUGGAAGGCUCCCUGUGGGCCCUGGAUCGAGCCACAUUUCACAGACUGAUUGUUAAAAAUAAUGCCAAGAAAAGGAGGAUGUACGAGGCCUUUAUUGAGUGUGUUCCCCUUCUGAAGUCUCUCGAGCUUUCUGAGAGAAUGAAGAUCGUUGAUGUUUUGGGAGCACGAGGGUACAAAGAUGGAGAUCGCAUAAUAACACAGGGAGAGAUCGCUGACUGUUUCUACAUUGUGGAAUCAGGAAAAGUGAAGAUUAUGAUAAAAAGCAAAACAAAGGCCGACCAGCAAGACAACACAGAGGUCGAGGUGGCUUGUUGCUCUAGAGGACAGUACUUUGGAGAGCUGGCACUGGUCAACAACAAACCUCGUGCAGCAUCCGUUUAUGCUGUGGGAGAAACCAAAUGUUUAGUAAUCGACAUUCAGGCAUUUGAGCGUUUGCUGGGUCCCUGUAUGGACAUCAUGAAGAGAAACAUCUCCCAGUAUGAAGACCAGCUGGUGGCACUGUUUGGCUCCAGUGUUGAUUUGAAACAUUAGGACACAAAGUUAUAAAAUAAACUAGAAUUUAAGCCAAACAUAGUGACAGUACAUGUAACACACAGUUAUCGUCCUCUUGAGGUAAAAGUAACAUGAAACCUACUGUUCUAUAUUCAGUUAAAUGUACCAUUCCAGUAUGACUAUGCAGCGAGGUAAAAUUGUUUCUUGUGUGAUGACUGCGAUUAUCACAAAGACGCUUGAGCAACAGUUAGGGGUCGUACAUGAAUAUACCUCAUACACAAGUCAGUUUAACGAACAGAUGAACAGUCUAGUUCCCUGAGGACGCACAACCCAUCAUACAGUAUCUUUAACCUUAAAAUACUUCACUGGUUAUUUAAACGGAAAACAUUACUUUAAUUUUUUAUUUAGUUGAACUCUACAAGUCUUUGAAUCCUUUGAUAAUCCAGAUUUAACAUAGCCUGUGUUGUUUAUUUUUAUUUAGGUGUGAUGUCUUUUUUUCUUAACAUGGACGUUGCCCUAGAAAAAACAGUUGUAAAUAAUAAAAUGAAUGAUGGCUGAAUUCCAUUUAGCUGCUUCAGUUUCAGAGUCCUGAUAUUGUGUAUGCUAGCUUACUGGGCAGUAAUAAAAACGGAGCCAUGGGGAAAACCUCGAGUGUUACUUAAAACAUUAAUGACGGCUCCCUCCUCUUCAAGUGUUCCAGUAAGACAGCAUGCACAAUGCCAGGACCCUGAAACUGAAUCAGUUCAAUGGAAUUCAUCCAUAAUUAUUUACACUGUUUUAUUGACCUCUUCAGACAUGUCUCAAUGACUUCUUGUCUGACACAACUGUCAAUCAUUUUGUUUGGCUGAAGCAGUUAUUUAAAGUUUGCUAUGUUAAAAUUACAUCUUAAAAUCAAGCUCUCUUAUAAACACGAUAUAAAUCAGAUACUGUAAAUUAAGUGUCAGAUUUCAGUGUUAAUUGAAACUGCCAGCUACAAUUGUUAUGCAUCUGAGGCACAGCUCCAUCACCGCCGAAUUAUGGAAAAUGUUGUAGAGUACCACACACAACAUCCAUCAUGUUAAUUUGCUUCAGUCACUGACUUAAUUAUUUUGAUACAGUAUUUUACUACUUUCCAUUU